AUGGCUGGAGGAACAGGGCAGAAGUUCCAGGUCGCGACGACUAUCACAGCCGGCACCUUUGCUCUCGUGUCAACCCUGUUGUCGAUCGUGUCCAUAUGGUUUCAGCUCAAGAACUACCGCAAGCCGCUGCUACAGCGCUAUGUGGUCCGCAUUCUGUUAAUGGUUCCCAUUUACGCAAUCAGCUCCUGGGUGAGCAUGAUCUCGCUCACCGCAGCUUCUUUUCUAGAUCCAAUUAGGGAUAUCUACGAGGCUUUCACGAUCUAUACCUUCUUCCAGCUACUGAUAAACUACCUCGAUGGCGAACGUGCGCUCAUCAUCAUGACCCAUGGGCGUGCUCCUGUCCACCAUCUUUGGCCGCUCAACCAUGUACUUUCAAAGGUUGACAUCUCGGACCCCCAUACAUUCCUCGCUAUCAAGCGCGGCAUUCUCCAGUAUGCGUGGUUGAAGCCCAUACUUGCUCUCGCUGCCAUCAUUAUGAAGGCCACAGGCACCUACCAGGAGGGCUACAUUGGCCUCAACUCGGGCUAUCUAUGGAGCGGCAUCAUUUAUAACAUCAGCGUCACCGUCAGCCUGUACGCACUGGGCUUGUUCUGGGUCUGCAUGCAUAAUGACCUUACGCCAUUUCGACCUGUGCCAAAAUUCUUGUGCAUCAAGCUCAUCAUCUUCGCCUCCUACUGGCAAGGGUUCUUCUUGUCGAUCCUCGUGUGGCUGGGCGCUAUCCCUGACGACGUCGAAGGCUAUACCUCGGACAAUCUCGCAGCUGCAAUUCAGGAUGCCUUGAUCUGCUGCGAAAUGCCUUUUUUCGCAGCUGCUCACUGGUACGCGUUCUCCUGGCACGACUAUGCGAACAACACAGUCUCGUCCGCCAGACUGCCAGUCAAGUUUGCACUCCGAGAUGCCUUUGGUAUCGUGGAUCUAAUCGUCGACUCAAAGGAUACGUUCAGAGGCGAUCAUUAUAGCUAUCGGGUGUUCGACUCGACCGGCAAGGUCAUUGCACACGAGGACUCCAGUUCACGUUUCGCUAGAAUGAAAGAAGGCAUGCGCUACAGCAGGGGAGGCGAAGCCAAGUAUUGGCUUCCCAAACCCGGCGAGGUCAGGGGCGAGAUGAACGCGAACACGCCGCUCCUCAACUCAAACGGGGGGCCAAGCGGUUCAAGUGAUCCUCCAAGACCACAGUAUGGCGAGGGAGCUCUCGAGGAAACCACUCUGGAUAAAUUCGAUGAGCGCCUUUAUGAUAAGGCGCGGGAGCUCGAGUUUGGCGAUUUCAACUACCCUGCGAUCACCGCCAAUAUACCCAGCAGGGAGAUAUGGCGGACGCCAGCGCCGGCAGCGUACCAGGCUAGUUCAGGCGCAUGGCAAGUGGGACGAACCCCGUCAUCGACCAGUGUGACCAACAGACGCGAGGUGGCGAAUUCGCCACCGACCGCAGAGGCCAUUGCACCCAAGAAGAGCAGGAGGAAAGGAAAGCAGCGCGAGGAGCUCGCAGCAGCGAGCAAGCCGAAGAAACACCACAAGCACGCCCCCGAGCCCGCGGCGCUCGCCGCCCAGCAUGAGCAGGCCGACGGCCCAUUGGGCGCACCGCACAUUGUCACCUCGGAGCCGCAGAUCCUCGAGGAGGAGGCCGAGGUGGAAGAGGACAUCCAGCUCGAGGAGGAAGAGGCGGCAAGGGAAGCCGCCGAGGAGGCCGCCCGGCAGCGCGCCGAGAGCAACGAGGAGCAAGGCAUCUGGGACGAGCCGGUCUCGCCACCCGUCCAAAGUCCGGCGUACGAGUCCGGCAACGAUGAAGCAUUUAAGAAUGUCUGGGGUGGAGGUGGUGGUGACAAGUAG